AUGAUCGACGAUAUUAUCGUUUCGCAAAUGGCAAUCGUCAUUUUAUUGAUUGCUAGAUAUUUCGUCAUGCAAAUUCCAUUUACGGAGCUGGGUUUCAACUGUGCUGACACUGACAUCAGCUGGCCGGCUAAAGAAGAAACCAUUUCUUCGCACACAAUGUUCAUCAUCUUUGCUUCCAUCAUUUUAGUUAUGAUCCCACUCACCGAGAUGACAAUGGUGAAAACGACAAGCGGAAAAAUUCGGCACAUUCAAAUUCAUCGUUUCGCCGUUCACCCAUAUUUUCUCAAAGUCUGGUUCUUUAUCUCUGCAUUUGGAUGUGCUGCUCUUGCAACGUCUGUUGCGGCAAAUCUCUUCAAGAGAACCUCAUCGAGGCUAAGGCCCAAUUUUCUAGACACUUGUCAACCAGCUAAUUUGAGUCUUCUUUGCCCGCCAUGCUCUCAAAACUACAUCGCCACAGUGACGUGUAUGGCAGAGACCUCAAGAGAUGAGCACUAUUCCUUCCCUUCUGGACAUGCCGCUCAUUCAGCGAAUCUUGCAAUCUUUACAAUACUCUAUCUUCACAAACGAAUGAAACUCUGGCCAAUCGUUCGCGCUUUUGCUCAGUAUGUGCUUUUCGUUUUGACAAUUUGGAUUAGUUUAACAAGAGUUCGAGAUUUUAAACACCGAUUCACUGAUGUGAUUGGCGGAUAUUUCUUCGGAGCUGUGAUUGGUUUUGGAAUGAUUCAUCUAAUACUUCGACAUUUCAAACAUUAUCGCUAUCGGGUACACGAAGAAGAGAUAACAAUCGAUGGGAGCAUCUCUCAAUCGCCAACCCCUCCAAAUUAUGGGGCUUUUCAUCAUGCAAAAAGUAUUGCUUGUCUCGUAGAA